AUGGCCUGGACGACUGUCCUGCUCAUGCUGCUGGCCCACCUCACAGGUAAGGGAACUCUUGGGGCCCAGAGCCUCCUUGCUCCUCCUCUGGCCUUGCUCUGCCCCAGUGAUGGGCAUGCUUCUAUCUUCUCAGGUUGUGGCCCUCAGCCCAUGCUGCAUCAGCCACCAUCAGCAUCUUCCUCCCUUGGAGCCACCGUCCGCCUCACCUGUACCCUGAGCGACAACCAUAACAUUGGCAUUUACAGCAUUUUCUGGUACCAGCAGAGGCCGGGCCACCCCCCCAGGUUCCUGCUGAGGUACUUCUCACACUCAGACAAGCAGCAGGGUCCCAAUGUCCCACCUCGCUUCUCUGGAUACAAAGAUGCGGCCAGGAACCUGGGUUAUCUGAGCAUCUCUGAACUGCAGCCUGAGGAUGAGGCUGUGUAUUACUGCGCCGUGGGGCUCCGGAGCCAGGAAAAGAAGAGGAUGGAGAGGGAGUGGGAAGGAGAAAAGUAGUACACAGAUUUGGGAUCUUAGGCUCUGGAGACAUUCAGACCCUGAACUGAAGACGGAGUUUGCCUUGCUCUGCUGGUCUGGUAUGGGAAGG